AUUCUUCAAUGUUUGUCUCUGCAUUUGUUUCAAUCAAUUACUAAUGUAUUCAAUCGAAUGUUUUUUUAAAGAAAAAAUGAUGUGAAAAAGAAUUAACGUAGCAAAUAUAGAACACAUACUAAACUAUUUGCCGCAUCAUUCGACAAAACACAACGAUCAUUUAAUGACAAUUUGUGAAUUCAUGCUGACAAUCGUAAUAUGAAUUAUGUACCGUUGAACAUCAAGCAUUUUGUAAGCUUUUUAAUCUCUUUUAUCUAUCGUUUAACAAAAAUUAUGCAAAGUUUCAAAAUACAGAUACGUCAAAGCACAAAUAACAAAACAGAAUAACCUGUUGCGAGUUUCCUAUGCUUGAAUAAUCUACUCUUAUCUUUAGAACUCGCAUUACGAGCAGCAAGUGUGCUAUUUCACACGAAAAGUUUUACUAAUUAAUUUGAUCCCAUUAGUAGCGGUAUCGUUAGCGUAACGUAAAUUUCAUGAUGCAGAUUCUGUAGCAACCUCGUUCGGGUUAGGGUGUUUGCCAGCCAAUGACGGGGUCAAGGAAGCUUUGCUGAACCCCAGGCUUAAGCCCAUCAUACUCACAGUACAGUGCACUGGGGAACCGUAUGAGCCGGAUUGCAUUAGGUGUCUAUUUGUCUCGGCAGUUUAUCUGACAGCACCGGGCAAAGCUGGAGGAAAUGUAGUACCUCAACUCUCAGGUCGAUCAUAACAGAGUCUCGGACGUGAACAAAGUUCCCCUUCGCCCGUCUGAGCCCAGGCCAAAGAGAAUCACAUGCUUCGAGCUUAGGGUGACAUUUUGAGUCAAUCGCAUUCAAGUGGUAGUGGUCUCGUUUACCGUUCCUAACCGGUCCCACUUAACGACCCUUGAGGUAAGGUACUCUUUUAAUCUACCACCGUCCUAAAGCUCAUGAUGAGCCUUACCGCGACGCUUGAGUGUGUAUGUGUGUCAUGCGUGCUUACGGGUGCAAUAUACUCACCGUGCUAAAUGAUGAUAUAUUUUUAUAGCCAUUUUAUUCAUUCGCCCAGCCGUUUCGCUUUAUUUUCAUUACAGGGGGUUUCCAGUGCGAGUGACGGCGGACGGUAGUGGAGACGGGGUGGGAGAAAUUAAUUUCACAUUCAGUCGGCCCUCUCUCAUUUACGCUUCACCGACACGGCCGACAGCCAGACGGUUACUGCAGACGAAGAGCCACAAUAUACGCGCCAUAUAAACACGGACGGAGGACGAUAACCAGAUACAAAAACAAAAACAACAACAACAAAAACACUCCAUCUCCAAGGAUAACGCCUUUCACGACGCCGGCACACCAGCACGGCGCACAAACAGUAACGAAAACAUAUCAUCAUGUUAGUGACACUGCUGAGAAUUUUCCUCAUCGUUUCCAUUCUCGGAUCGAAUAUUAAGACUGCAAUAGCUAUUUUAAAUUGUAUAUUAGCACGACAGCUGUGCUUCGAGGACCCGUCAUGUUCAGCGAUUCUCGAGAUUAUACCGCGCGUCUGUGGCCCAGUACCGGUUGCCUGCAGCACCGUUACCGUAACGAAAUGUCAGGCCGCCCUCCGGACGCUGCAGGCGUUUCCCUUUUUCCGGCCCACCUGCCUGUGCAAGGAGCCGGGCAUCGAUCCGGACUGUAAUUAUUUUCGGGACUUCCUGUUCGAUCAUCCCUGCGGUUUCGUCUCGAAGAAAGAAAAAGAUCCUUACCCGGUGGAUGCAUUACCAACGUGCAAUCAUGCACUAUCCGUCUGUCAGCAGGAGCGAAAGUGUAUAAAAUUAUUCGAAGAUUUUAAGCUACACUGUAAAGUGCGGGAAAACAAGUGCCGCAUGGAAGAUAGGGAUUUGUGCUACGAGGCGUGGACUAAUCUGCGAUUAUCGCCGAUGUUCGGCUGCAUCUGCCCGAAUAAUCACAUGAAGCGCAGAUGUGAUAAAAUAUUUAGCGUUGUUAACCAUAAUCCUUGCGUCGAUGUGCUUCCCUCCGCACUAGACAUAUCUUCCGGCACUGCCACCAACUCCAUCUAUCCGAACUUCUUUCCCUCCGAUAUCAUUGAAGAUCCGCCACCCACCAGCACGUAUCCGUACUUUCUGUUUCCCUCCAAGAAGUAUCCACCGUCGGCAUUCGGGUCCGCCAUUUACCACGCCACCGUCGACUACAUUAACCUUCCCGAUGGGCCGGGCACGGGCACGACCAACGGCUCCAGCCCGGACACAGAUCAAUCCUCCUCCUCCUCCUCCUCCUCAUCCUCCUCCCCUGGCCACCCACGGCAGCACUCGGGAACCGAGCACAGCUAUCGCACUAGAUACGAGCACAAUUUUGACACCAGCAUGCACCACACCAAGCACCAAAGUCCCACUCACAGUAGCGGUAAUAAUGCACCGAUCGCACCGCCCUGGCCCGAUCAGCACCAGCACCAGCAGCAGCCGCAUCAGCACCCGUACUGGCACGGUGGCGAGAACGGUACCGCCGACACUGCCGGUCACGUUGGUACGGGACGAUGGGACAGCAUGUCGGUCCCAUCUGACCUCCAGCAGCAGCCGGAGACUGUCGGAUCGGACGACAUAGAGGAAAAGGAGGCGGAAAUGAGUUUUAUUCACUUCCAAAGUACCUGCCAUCUGGCGCUCGACUCGUGUCGCGACGAUCAGGUCUGCUCGUCCGCCCUGAAGACGGUGCUGAUGCACUGCGAUCAGCAUCGGUGCAAUCGGAAUGCCUGCAUGGAGUCGCUGCAAAGCUUCUACAAAAGCAUCCACGACGAUCUCAGCCUCGACAUUGCCUUCUGCCUGUGCAGAAAAACGCCCAACCGGCACGACAGCUGCAUGAUCGCGCAGGAAAAGCUGCAUCCCGUGUGCGCCCAGCGACCACCGGAAAGCCUCAGCCAGCAGCAGUCUUCAUCGACCGGUAACGGCAUCGCGUACAAUGCGCCGCCAGCGUGCCACGCGGUCGCGGAGCUAUGCCGCGAGGAUGAAGACUGCCGCGCCCGGCUGGAGGUGUUCGAGCAGUCCUGUGCGGUGGACAGUGUGACCAAGAAGUGUGCCGGAAAGACAAGCGCUUGCAGGCAGGCUAUGCUUGGCAUUCUGGGCACACCGCUCAGGACGACCUGCGCCUGCCAGGGCUCGGACAUGCAGCAGCUGUACGACUGUCUAGGCUGGCAGCGACUGCUCUGGCUCAACCCCUGUGUCGUCGAGUCGCAGAAAGAUUUUCACCUGAAGCGGCUGGCCGAGCUUGGGUUGCUGACCACUACGACGACAAUGGCAACUACCACCACAACCAUGACUACAACUACCACCAUGCGAAGCACCCGUAUCACCCAUCCACCAACGCUCCCUCCAACCAAACCAAAGCCAGUGUAUCGACCAAAGCCUACGGAAAUGCACACGAUCGAGACGAACUACGUCGAAACACCUGACACGCGUCCGGAAACGUUGGUACAUAACCAAAAUGGGCUAAUCGAGCGAACGGAUCUCGAUCGGGGACAUUCACCGCCACAGCCGGACGAGUACGAUCGAUCAACAGGCACACGACACCAGCCGGUGGAUAGCGACAGUGAGGAUGAUGAUAUGGUGGGACGCUACGACAAGGGCAUCUAUCAGCGGCCCGACGAACAGGUGCUUCACGUGGCCAGUACGGAGGUGCAGGAGCUGGAAACCUUUCCACCCACUACCGUUACAACAACCACAACCGAACCGACAACAACGCCGGUUCCAAUCAGAUACUGCGUGGUGCAAAGAUCUCAUCAGCCCGAUCAACUGAUCGCGGAAGGGAAAAGUCGUCGGCUCUACAUUCUCGAUGAUGCCGAAUGUAGCGAGCUUUGUACGUGCGGCGGCGGUGACUCGCUCGCCCUAACCUGUCAUGCGCUGUGCGUUCCACUAGCUCCCUGUCGGACGGCCCUUGCGUACUACAGCCAUGCCGCUCCAGCAUACCAAGCGUUCCGUGGCCGAUGCCUCUGCUAUUCGGGACGGUUCAUCUGCAUGAGGCCACCUCCGGGAGAGUACCAGCUUCCGGGUGGCAUAUUUCUCUUACUAGGUUAUAGUUCAACCGACGAAGCACUGUUAAGACCGCACACUAACUUAGGAGUACAGGACGCCGUACGUGCCCUACAGCAAUACGUCCUGCAGCAUAUCGAUAAUUCGACCCACUGUACAUUAACACUGUUCAACAUCACCGAAGAGAACAUCAUUCUUUCGAUCAGGCUACCGCUCGAUCCCAAGCUCACACCGAUGCAGUUGUUGAAGAUGGAGAAGGACCAGUGCACCAGGAUACUGGAAACGAUCAGCCACCAGAUCAACACACAGUACGUCGAGCUGUCCGCCCAUCGUUUGCUCAGCAUCUUCAAGAUGGCGGAGGUACAGAUCGUGUGGCCCGAGGUCAGUUACGCCCGGCGAAACACCACACCCCCGCCGGUGGUUAGCUUGAUCGCGGCCCUAGUGACGGUGCUGUUUACCGUCUGCGGUACGCUACUGCCACCCUUCGUCCGGUGGAAUCAGCGGAACCAUCAACGAAGGAUAGCAGCAUCUCCAUCAGUUACGUGACGAUCGACAAUACCGAUCUAAAGUGUAGGAAGGAAGGAAGCGUAGGGCACAUGCACAAAACCUCCCAUCCCUUUGUCCACUGUCCUCAUAUUGACGGUGUGAAACGCAAUGGGGUCCGAGUACGACAACCGUGCGCAAGUACGCGAAAAGCUAGUAGGACUGUGUUAGUUGUAAUAUAGUAGGAUACUUUCGCCCCAUGACGGUUAUUUAGUGUACGAUUUUAAGUUACAGCGCCCAUCCGAUCGGAUGAUGCGUGAUUGAACGGACAUCGUUUUACUCAACCUCAUUAUCAAUGCCAUUCAACACACACCCACACACCCUCACCAACACACGCUCCCGAAGGUGCUAAUACUCAUGCUUUCACUAUGGCUUCGAUUACUAUUACCACUAUUACUACUACCACUAAUACUAUACUGCUACUACUGUUAACAAACUACACAUACUCUUAUCACCCUCAUCCCACGUUGCUAUCUCGUUUUUAUGGUUAUCAUUAUCUUCUAGAAGAAAUAAAGAAGAAACCCCCAAAGAAGUACUACCUACUACUUCGCUCUACCACACACCAGUGUCACCAUACUGACACCGACUGACGUGAUCGUGCUAUUGUUGUAGAUGAUUCCUUGCUCAGUUCUUUCGUACCGACCGAGUUCUACUGUGCAGAGUGUGAAAGCAAAAUGGCGUGAGAUUGAAACCUUUCAAUCUACUAGUCAUACAAACUCGGGUUAGUGUGUGUAUGUGUGUGUGUGUGUGAGCAUGAAAAAAAUAAGCAACCAGCCCAGUAGCUGGUGCGAUCGAGAGUGAUCCGCUGUGUGCAUUGGUACGUUGUUUGGUGAGCGUGAACGGGUGCACUACUAUCGGGUGGCUGAAUGGACGAGCUUAAAGUGCUUUAAUUUUGGUUGGAAAAUUCCUUUCACCAGUGAAACUGAAGCACAAACUAGCACUGGAAGCUGAUUAGUACAUUUCGAUCGUCGUUAGCUCAUGUGUGUAUGUAAGUGUGUGUGUGUGCUUGUAUAUUUGUGCUUUAUUGAAGAAAUAUAAGUUGUGUGGGAAGACCAGUGAUUUGAAGGUAGGAAAUGAUCGGUUUUAUGUUGGAGUUUUCUUUAUUUAAUUAUGCGAAACAAAGAAAUACUUCCAAUUUUUCAAAACAUGAUGAUUCAAACUACGAUCCGUUUGCUUUGUUGAAAAGAUAUGUGUGGAUACUUUUUUACAUAUUUUAUGGUUUUUUUCACUUAAUAAACACUCCUUGUUUCAUCAUUCUAUAAUAUACAAACAUUGAACAGUCAACCAUUUUUGUAUAAUUUGAUUUACAUGGAAGCCUUUAAUCUAUUAACGCACCCUACAAAUACUUUACAGCACUUUCAUUUCACCCAAACGCGUCGUAAUCCAACCAAAGGUAAAAUGAAUUUCGCGAAUUUUUUUGUACGGUUUUAUUAGAAGCUGCAUAUUCUGGUACUUUAAUACUUGUGACGCUUUUUUACCAUCCUUGCAUUGCCAUUGCUUGCUAAAAUUACUCUUCGCAAAAUACAUUUCAACCUCAGCAUUAAAUCUGGCACCGUCGGCCGGUGCAUUCUCAACAAACAUAUCUAUCCCUCAACCCCGAUGCACAAACCUGCCCAAAACUAAGCGGGCAUAGAAUUGUCCUGUGCUACUGGGCGAACACGCGAAACCGGCAGCACACAAAACCGGGAAGCAAAUCGCUCUGCAUUCAUCGAAUCAUUUACCCGUGAGACCUCCCUGCAUCCAAACUCACGCCACCGGAAUGAGCGAUAGUGUAGCAAUGGCAAGCACAUUGCGCUCUGUCCAAUGCGCCCGCACGCUAGCGAGCGAGCAAGCGAGCGUGUCGGGCCCGGUGGGAUUCAUCAGUGGCGCUACGCCAUUUAUUGUCAUCCUGUUUCAGCAGGGAAAGCCUUUUUUUCGAUCCCAUUCAGCUCUGCCUAAACCAUUUCCUCGAAUGUUGCGUUUUAUUUCAGAACAACGGGGUAGCAAAAAAAAGGAAUUCAUCAGUCGAAAAUGUGGGCCAACACACAGAGGGUGAACGAGGCGGGAUGGCGAAAUGGUCCAUAUCAUCGCCACGCUUCUAUGGUUCAGUCUGCGUCAGUCUAAUGUAAAGAUGAAAAGAAGCGCACGGUACAAACUAAAACAACAGCUCAUCCUCCCAAAGAACACACUAUCAGUGCCAGGUUGUACAAUGUGUGUGUGUGUGUUUGUGUGUGCUUCUGUGGUUACAAGCACGGUCAGAAACAGCGGAAGGGAACUACAAAAAAGAAACAAGAACAGCUUUGCUUCAAUCCUAUCAGGCUCUCUAACCUUUUACCACUGGCCGCAGUAAACAGUGGCCACUCCGCAGCACACGGUGCGGACGGGGCAGAAAAUAAAUCACCCAAACUCACCGAAAAGAAUCGAUAAUUUGAGAAUUGGACAUCCGUUGAUAAUGGCCAUUAUUCAUACGCGGCUGCUGGAGCGGUUCGGCACACCCAACCGUUGUUGGGAAUGUAACAACGUGCACCAACGCGAAUGGGUUUGAGGAAGGAUUUUCGAUGGGGGCGUACCAACGCUGGCUUGUGCGAGUGUGGUUCUGUUCUAGCCUACUCUACCCCUUUGUGGAGCUCAUAGGACCAUGCACCGUGAGCUAGGUUUGCCACAUUUAAAAACUGAUCCAACAAAAAAUGUGUAAACUUGCCGAGCAGAGUGUUCUGGAGUGCUCGUCGUUUCCAUCCAACCGAUGAAUAUGGAGCAUUUCGUUCGAUUUGCACUUCGACACCGUGCUUAGUCUGCCACUUCCAAUGCUCGACCAACCAUGAUCUUUACAUGAGAGGGAUCGAAAAAAAUCGACAAACACACACACACACACUCACAUAUGUGCUUCAAAAACGGAUUUUAUAGUCCCUUGUUCGACACGCUGUCUGGGCGGCUUGGUGGGUGAUUGGAUUGGAUGCUUUCUCCGCUCCAGUCCCGUACUGACACCGAAUUGGAUUCGAGUGGGGUAUCACUGUUACACGUCUGUGUAAGGUACCGAUCUCCCGGGAAAGCUUGUUGAAUGUGUGUGUAUGUACACUGACAGCAGCGGUAGUAUUAUAGCAAGCGAUGCUCUGACAUUUAACUUGCGUGCUUUGUUGUUCUUAGCUCGACCCUUGCCGUGGAUCGGGUUUUAAAGACACGGUAACAAGAUCAACACCGUUCGUCGAUGACCUUUUUUCUUACUCUCUGUCGAAGAUUUGGGUUCACAGAGGACGAGUUGAACUGUAACGUAUGCUGCGAACGCUACCAGCAAAUGGUAGGGCGGUAUUUUUGACAUCGUUUUCGGUCCACGUGAAUUUUUAACGAUCCCCUGUAGGGUCAUUAAUAAUGCAGAGCGUAAGAUUGUUACUGUGUUUUGUUUAGUAUACACUGUUUUUCUUUAGUUUGUUUUAAGCAAGAAUUAAUUCAUAUGAUAGGCUUACGCAGAAGGCGUCGUCCACUGUAUGCACCACAUUGAAAUCUGCCCAUUUGUCCUCUAACGAUCUGGUUUCGUCUUUUUUUCUCAGGUUCGCUUUAAUUUCACAUUCUUUUUUCACAAAAUGUUUGUUUUUUUUCUAUGGUUCACUUACAAAAGCAAGAUAUCUUCCUUCAUAUUGCUUGUUAUCUUUUCGUUUAUAGGAAAAACGAGGUAAUUUAUCGAAAAAUAACAAAACAAAAAUGCUAAAAAGAAUGAACCAAAUGCAAUGUUUACACAUAUCGUUAGCAAAAGCCAGAAGGAUUUAUAGAAUCCAGCAGAAAUAUGUAUAGCAUAAGGUGUACACAUUAGCUCCCGUUUUGUAGCAGUAGUGACAAAAAAUAAAGCCAUGUCCAACCAGUGUUUCGUAGGUAGCGGAUAAGGUAGAGCAACAGGCGACUGGCCAUUUCAUUUUCCACCCGUGCGCUCUAGUUUUUGCUUUUGUCGAUCCUUUGUGUACGGAAGCUUAAUCCUUACUUUCUCUGCGACACUGCAACAAAACGCUUAUCAGGACCCAUUCAUGUGCUUUGACUGCGUGUGUGUGUAUGUGUGAGGAAAGUGUAUGAAAGCGAACAAAUGUGUGUGGAAAAGUGUGCUCGAAUGCGUGCGAGGAAGUUAGUGGUUGCGUGUGUUGGGGUAGGUAAGGGCAACGUAAUUUAGCUGGUAUAAUAAUGGUAGCGAACGAGCGUGAAGCGCGUUGGUAUGAAAUUGAGAAAUUAAAACUAUUCAACUCUUGCACUAAUGAUAUCGGCAGUGCGUGAAAUGAAACAAAUGUAUGAUCUUACAGUCGUAUGUUUGUAAAAAUGUCUUCCUUAACAAAACAAAAUAACAAUUCGAACACACAAACACUCAGUAACACUCUGAACACGAGCAUACACACAGACACACACAUUCGAAUUUGGUACACACUGCAACAUCGUACACACUGUGAAGAAAUCAAAAUACUCUCACACUCACUCACACACAAAACACACAUCGGUUAUUUUGAGAAAAGUGCACUCAAAAAGUAAAUUUAAAAAAUCCACUUUCAAACACUACUCAUCACAUUGAAACACACUCAUACACACACAAAAAGCGAAACACUAGAACAAUAUGAAUUGACUAAAUAAGAAAGUAUAAGAUUAAUAAAACCAAUGUUUGCCGCUUUACUGUAAAAUGCAACUUUGUAAAACAAUGUGACGUUAAACUAUAGACAAAACCAAAUGUUUAAAAAUAAACAUGUGCGAUGGUAGGUGCAAAGCAUGGUCAUGGUCACGUGGUGUGGCCAGCGUGAGGUACGUGCACAAGAUUACAGCAGGGAUCUUAGGGUCCCUCCAAUCGCAGAGCACCUUCAGCUGUAGCGAAGGAUUGCACAGUAGAGAUAAAUAGUAUCUGUAUCAGUACUCGAAGAAGCUGUGAGCUAUCUGUCUGUUAGGCAAGUGGAACCCUGAAAGCGGAAAAUCCAAACUAGUGAAGUAAACCAGAAAAUCAUUAACAAAACCUAGAACAUACGCAGCGAGAGAGUGUCGCGAGAUGGCGAAAACAUACAAACAAAAAAACAAACAAACAAACAAAUAUUUCUGAACAAUAUCACUUACCCUAGGUGACGAUGUUAGCAAUAAAAGACACACAAAAACAAACAAACAGUCAUGCCGCGGUAUCUAUGCGCUAAACUAAAACAACCCAAAAUGUAGUACCAUCCAAACAACGGAAGUGGAGGAAUAGGCCUCCGAGGUUUGCCCUCGUGAUCGCGUAUAAUGUUGUGUGUACAUAUAUACAUAUUAUACAUGAAGAUAUACAUAUUAAAAAUUAUAAAUAUACAUUAUACACAUAAACACAUAAUCAACCAACGGUGCGGGAAAGCUCUGAGAGCCAUACGCCACGCUCUUGGCAGCGAGCGAGCGUCGCGCGAAUGUACGAAGGUAAAUAUAUGUGCAUGUUCUUUUAACAUUUUAGACACUUUGGAAGCUUGCGUUUUGAGUGAACAUUUUAGGUUUAAGAGCCGUUGGUUAUGAUUCCUGGACGAUCCGGUUAUGAAGGCAUGGCUGAAGGUUCGAACCGCGUAAGCGUAAAGGAAAACAACUGAAAACGAUGAGUGUUUUGUUUGAAUAGAAGAAUACGCAAAGAGAAAAUUAAUGCAUACCACUAAGAAAAACAAACUCACAUAUCAUACAGUUCACAUUUUCACUUACAAAACAUUCGCAACAAAUCACCCACACAAACAUACCACGUUCAUACCUUCACAAAUAAAACAACUAGAACGGGGAGCACUGUAAUCGAAUAUGACACACCAAUCAUCCUUACCAGUCGUUGAACCACACAUACACACACACAGAUCAUACGAAAAUACACUGAGCCAGUUGCACUGGAGAUUCAUAAAAGCAAAUCUAGAAAACAGUUUCUAUAACAAGAACAGUUUUUAUCAAAAGAAGCAGCUCCCUUCCUAAUGGCAGUGCUUUAUUUGUUACGGACCGGUUAUUGUUGGGGUGAAUGAUUGUUGCUGUUUUCAGUCCUAUUUUUAUCAUGCACGCUUUAUGGGCGCUUGUUUAGGUUAAAUUUUAGCAAAUUUUAAAUAGAAAAUCCGUCACAUUCUAGACCAAUGCUCAUUCACAGGAUAGGAAAGACGUGCAAGGCCCGAGAAAAACCAAAUAAGAAAAACAAAAACUGAAUUGAAUGACCAUUGUUUAUGUACGUUGAAUGCAUACAGUAAUCUUUAAACGACUUUACGAAACCCGCCCAGCCAAUUUGCCGAGAGAAUCGAAAACCGCAAAAGUUGAACAAUUACACGAAUAUCAUCACAUGAACAUGUUGUGUUUCUUCGCGAACGAAUCGCAAGUACGAAUAGUGGCACCAAACCAAUGAUAACUCCUUUACCACUAGGAAAGAACAGUAACAAUACAAUACUGUUUUACAAGGUUUCCUCCAAACAACUUUAUCAGCAUCAACGCCCUUCUGCAUCCUUUUCAUAAGAAAAACACGCUUUUAUGUUCAAAUUGUUAAAAUCAUCCGUGGGUUAUAAUAGGUUCAAAGGAUUGAAACAAAUUCAAGAGCAAUGUCCAACAUACUGGAAAACAAAAACAUUACUGAUCCGAAAAGAAAACAAUAGAAGCAAAGCGUGUAAAGAUAGCAGUUGAAAAGAAAAUGAAGAAAGCCCCUAACAAACCAAUAUUUCACCAAACAUCAGUUCAUAGGCUCGAGAUAUGGCGUGCGAGGCAACGAAAAACAGUGGGGGGAAAACGGAUACUUAAAAAAAGCUAACAAAAGAAACUAGUUCAAUGUAAGCUCCCUGUAAGGACUGGAAAGCGUGGUGUGUGGAGAAUAAAACAAUCUAAAGACAAAACUGUACCGGAUUAA